AUGCAACUGAUAGCAAGACAAUUUAACCUCUCCGAAACCACCUUUGUGUGCCCACCAACAAAUCCACGUGCUACCUGGCGCCUGCGCUCAUUCCUGCCCAACGGCGAAGAAGUCUUCGGAGUCGGCCACAACUCACUGGGUGCGUGGUGGUGGAUGGCGCAUGCCGGGCUUAUCUAUCAACAACAGCUGGGCGAUGACAUCCUUCUCGUGGAAGUGUCAGUGUCCACGUUUCGUAUUUCGAUGCGACAAGGGAGCCCGCAAUUUCUGGAUAAGCACACCAAUCAGCCUUCUCUCGCGGAGUCUCUCGGUCUCGAUCCCUGCGAGAUCGGGCUGCAGUACUCCGGGACGGUUCUGGAGGGCCCGCAGGUGGUUACCUCGUCUCCAGCGCGCCACCUCCUGGUGCCGGUCCGCAGCAAAGAAGCUUUAUAUCGUGUGAAAAUUUCCCAACAAGAGUGCAUUGCUCAAGAGCUUGCGAGGACGAGGAGCUACAACAGUGGACUGUAUGUUUUGACCUCCACUGGAGGCGAUUCCACCGUGUCAGGCACGGACGUCCCCAGGUUCGAAGCCCCGUUUUUCAGCCCCGGGAUGUCCAUGGAAGAUCCUGUGGACCAAGGGCGCUGUUGUGGCGCAAGCAAAUGGGAAUAG